GCCGGCUAUAAAAAAGUCUAGAUUGCAAAUCAGAUGAUCGUAACGAUGAAGUGUCCUUUAUAGUAAUUCACCGAGUUGCGGUGACACCUAUUCGGCUGCUUGGUUGUUGUUCACCGUCCGCCGGAGCAUCACGGGACUGUUUGCCAGGGCUUACUUAAACAGCCGCUUUCCUCGUGUCCUCUUCUCUCUUUCUUCUUUCUCUCUUCAUCCCAUCUUCUACUUCUACUCAAGCUCAAUUGCUCGUCUACGCUCGAUCACUCGUCCUUGAGGUGGUCAACAACCGUCACCAUUUUCUCCACACUUCUUAACUCGCGUCACCACCCGUUCAACGGCCGGCGCUCAUCCACCCGUGGAGGGGCAUCGGACGAAUUAUUCUACACUCAGUAAACGAAUUCGUCUACUCGUACUAUCAAAUCUACAACGAUGGCUCCCCACGCUAACUCGGAUGUGGCCAACGGCGCCGUGAACGGGUCGGUCUCCAACGCUCCUCUGUUUACCGUCAACUCUCCCAAUGUGGUCUACAACGACAAUGAAAUCAAGAGUCAGUACGCUUACCACACCACCGACAUCUCUCGUACCCCCGACAACAAGCUUGUUGCUACCCCCAAGGCCACCAACUACAACUUCAAGGUGGACCGUAAGGUGGGCAAGGUCGGUGUCAUGCUUGUCGGUUGGGGUGGAAACAACGGUUCCACGGUGACGGCUGGUAUCAUUGCCAACCGUGAUCGCCUCGUCUGGGAAACUCGCGAGCGCUCUCAAGCCGCCAACUACUAUGGCUCCGUUGUCAUGAGUUCGACCGUCAAGUUGGGUACUGACGCCAAGACUGGUGAGGAGGUUAACGUUCCGUUCCAUGACAUGUUGCCCAUGGCCCACCCCAAUGAUCUCGUUGUCGGUGGCUGGGACAUUAGCAGCAUGAACUUGGCCGACUCUAUGGACCGUGCUCAGGUACUCGAGCCGGGUCUCAAGCAGCUGGUCCGCAAGGAAAUGUCUACCAUGAAGCCGCUGCCCAGUAUCUACUACCCUGAUUUCAUUGCCUCCAACCAGGAGGAUCGUGCCGAUAAUGUCAUUGAGGGUGACAAGGCUUGCUGGGCUCACGUCGAGCGCAUCCAGAAGGACAUUCGCGAAUUCAAGGCUCAGAAUGGUCUGGACAAGGUCAUUGUCAUGUGGACUGCCAACACCGAGCGUUACGCUGACAUUGUUCCCGGCGUCAACGACACGGCUGAGAACCUGCUCGAAGCCAUCAAGACCGGACACCUCGAGGUGGCUCCGUCCACUGUCUUUGCGGUUGCGUCCAUCUUGGAGGAUGUUCCUUUCAUCAACGGAUCUCCCCAGAACACCUUUGUUCCCGGUGCCUUGGACUUGGCGGAAAAGCGUGGGGCGUUCAUUGGUGGUGACGACUUCAAGUCGGGCCAGACCAAGAUGAAGUCGGCUUUGGUGGACUUUUUGAUCAACGCUGGUAUCAAGCUCACCUCGAUUGCCAGCUACAACCACCUGGGCAACAACGACGGAAAGAACCUGAGCUCCCAGAAGCAGUUCCGCUCCAAGGAGAUUUCCAAGUCGAACGUGGUUGAUGACAUGGUUGCAGCUAACAAGCUGUUGUACGCCGAGGACGAGCAUCCCGAUCACACUGUGGUCAUUAAGUAUAUGCCGUCCGUGGGCGACAACAAGCGUGCUCUGGACGAGUACUAUGCGGAGAUCUUCAUGGGCGGUCACCAGACCAUCAGUUUGUUCAACAUCUGCGAGGACUCGUUGCUGGCUUCUCCGUUGAUCAUCGACCUUGUGUUGAUAACGGAUAUUAUGACCCGCAUUAGCUGGAAGACUGAUGAGGCGGCCGAGUACAAGGGCUUCCACAGUAUUCUGAGCGUUCUCAGCUACAUGCUCAAGGCUCCUUUGACUCCUCCUGGUACCCCGGUUGUCAACGCUCUGGGCAAGCAGCGGAAUGCUUUGAUCAACAUCUUCCGUGCUUGCGUUGGUUUGCAGCCGGAGUCGGACAUGACUCUUGAGCAUAAGCUGUUUUAGCUUCCCCCCCGUACCGACCUUUGCUUUUAUCUGCACUUGAUGCUUCACUAGCAUGUCCAACUUAGUCGCUCAUUCAUGCAAUAAACUGAUUUUAUUCUCAAUACCAUCGUACUACUUAGUCUGACCCAACUGGGAGUAAGCGUUUAAAGCUAACUGCCCACCCAGAUGAGCAUAUAGAACAUUGCCUUGAAU